CAUCUCUCUCCCAAUGGUGGAGCUCUGCCACUGUUUGGCCAAGUUUUUUGCGAAUCCUGGGUUACCAACCCUCUAUGGCAUGGGUAUUCGCGGUGGUGCGACCAGUUCUUUAGGCGCUUGGUGGGCGAUGGUACGGUUUGAUCUUCCAAGUACUCAUACCCACGUUUGUGAUCCAUUCUAUGGCCCAGAAACAAGAUUUUCUGCACAAGAUUUUCUGGAGAGUUAUGAACACGAAAUCGUCUACGAGUUCAUACAAAAAUCGAGGUCUGUAAAAAGUCUGGAAAUUCCGGUUGACAGCAGCUAAGGUCGGCAUCCCAUUUUGUGGCUAGCCCAGAAUCUUAAGUUCAAGAAGUUACGAGCUCAUACUUUUUGGAAUCCAAGAUUUGUGAGUACAUGAAGGGAGGCUGCAAAUUAAUGUUGAAUUUUUCACAAAAGGAUUUCUUCCGACGCGGCUUCACGAUUAAAACUCGCAAAAUGAUACGGUAUCAAUGUUGGAGAGAUUGUGGAUAGUAAGCAAUAUGACGCGAAAGAGUGGGUUCUGCUGAGAUCCUGGGAACUGUAGGGCUGCUGGACUCGUUAGAUUUGAGGGGAGCCUUGCACUCCGAGAUUGCUGCAUCACACAUCACUUCACAAUUUCUCGCAUAUACAUUCCUAAAAUAUGUCUCUACAUCAGUCUUCCGAGAGAUCAGAAUGUGUUGCCCACAACAUCCAGCAGGAACUCUUUCCACCGGGCUUCGUAUCCUAUAGCGUUUCAAUAGCCGAGCAAGUGACUAGCCAUCAAUCAACACCCGGGAGAAGGGACGGAACGAGAAAUACUCUAUAAGUGCCAAUAAUGGUGGUAGAAUUGUGGAGGUGAACAGUAGUUACGUUUCGUAACUGGAGUGAAAAUCAAACGCUGCGACAUCUCCGAGCACGAAUUUUGUGGUUUUUGCCCUCACCAUUUCCAAGGACUACAAAGGCUGUUGACAUGUUCCAUAAUUACGUUUAGUAUGGUUUAAUGGUUUGGUGGUCGUACUGUCUUGGCAGCUGUGUUUCAGGUGUAAUCCGCGGUGGUCCAUGGCUCUUUUUGAGGCGAUUCUUGGCAUUAUGCAAACCAAGCAAACAAUACCUUCGGAUUAGGCUUCAAUUCGUGCGAAUCGAUGAACUGGUGAAUUGGUAGUUUCCAGUAAGCCCUAACUAACUGUGCAAUAAGCUGAUCGGAAUAUUAUGGAAGAUCAACAUCUACUGUGCUCCGAAGCUACUUCAGCAAACACACCCCUUCUAUCAAUUCCUUGAUAAACUCAAGCUUUUCACUUGUUUCGCAAUCCAAGUAUUGCAACAACUGCUGUUCGCUUUAGAAACAAAACUUGACUUCAGUUUUGUAAACUGGAGGUGGUCGAUUACACGUGUCACCUCACGCAUGUCAAAGUGCACGCACGAAUAUCAACUCGGAUGGAUCGGAAUCUACGUCCAGGCAGACAGUUGUAAAAUGCGAAUUUGAUCGUCGUUAUUUAAAAUUUGAGGCAAUAUACGUGGAAGAAAAUCCUGUGCGUCAAGUGCACCUGAUUUUGCGAUACGAGAGCCCUACAUCAUAAAUUAGAGAGGUAUUACGAAAGCAGAAGACAGAAUGGGAGGCGAAAUCACACAGGAAAUGAUUCGGAGACGUUCAGAGCACAAUGAAUGUGUUCUGUAUACCAUGGAGGAGCUAGUCCUACAAGAGGAGUCUAUCGAGAGAAUAGAUAAAACGCUGGGCAUCUUGUGUCCACAUCUAAAAAUACUCUACAUGCCGAACAACCUCAUUCCUCGUCUCCAGAAUCUGCACAAAUUAAAAGAGUUGGAAUACCUCAACAUAUCUCUGAACAAUAUCCUCAAGAUAGAAGGCCUGGAAAAAUGUGAACAACUGCAGAAGUUGGAUAUGACCCUCAACUUUGUGGACAUCCAGAAUUUGCCCUCUGUUUGCUCCUUGAAAGUUAAUGUCCAUCUGAAGGAAUUAUUCCUCACAGGAAAUCCCUGCACCGACUGGGAUGGAUACCGGAAUUAUGUCAUUGCGAAGCUCUCGCAUCUGAAGCGCUUGGAUGCGUGGGAAAUCAAACCCAGAGAGAGGAUUAUUGCACUUCAGGAAAUCCACCAUCUUGAAGAGGACUUGCAAGCCAUGGGUUCAUUCGCUUCAUCUGAUUUAGUCAAGGCUUCCGAAACACCUCAAGUGAGGGACGCCAAAGGAGAGCUCAAACGAACUUACACACCAGAUACACGCAUCGCUGAGCAUCGUGAGCUCAAGGAGCUUCGACAGGAAGAAGAGAGGAAAUCUCAUCGCCCAGAUAGCCAGGUGAAGCCAUCCACGCGAAGAAAGGGCUUCGAUCCUCUUCCAGAACAUGGACAACGGGUUUAUCAGCGAAAUGAAGGAGGGUGGGAGUUCAGAUUGGAUGAAAGUGAUUGUGGAAAAAAUAUAGUUUUCGAUAUGGCAAUUUCGAAAUUCCUUGACACUUCACUUAUCGAUAUUGAUGUGCAACCGCGAUUAAUAAGGGUAUUGAUCAAAGGAAAGCUUAUGCAACUUCACCUGCCAGCUGAAGUGAGGACAGAUGCAAGUAGUGCAGAACGUUCUCUGACCAGUGGUCAUUUGGUUGUUACGAUGCCGCUGGUCACUCCUAACAAUGGAUACAAGUACAAGUGUUCGCCGGAUUAUUAUGUGACUAAACCUAAGCUAAAGAAAGUUAACGAUACACCACGUCCGCAGCUGGGGACAUUCGAGAUCGCCAAACUCACAAUGGAUACACAACCAUUUGAACGUGGUGAAAACCUGAAGGAGCGUUCUCACACCAACUGCAUCGACCUUGUGAAGACCAAACCGCCAUGGCCACCAGCAGUGGAACAACCUGAUUGGGCUGAAGACGUGCCACAAUUGGAAUAAGGUACAUUUGAAAGCAGAACGUAUGAAAAUACCACCUUAAUACAACCACAUCAACAACAGCCCGGAGCCCAGCGAUUCUCGCAAAAUAUAACCCACAUGCUGAAGUAUUACAGGUCCCACCAUGUUCAGGCUAAAAUCCACCCUCAACAAGCUCUAAGGAAGUUCAACCGGCUCCUCCAAAUCAUAUGCACAGUUUUCUUUUGUGCUCACAGCUAAAUGUAUCGGCAUACAGAAGUCUCGAUUGAGAAUACCCAUAGUUCGCAAAGUUGAAAUUUAAACAAACAAUGACAGGAAAAACUCAUGUCCUGCCCUGCAAAUCAAUGGACGUGCAACAAUGCUUAAAAAAGUGUACAAUUUUAUUUCAAUAUUGCAAUAAAGAGAGCAAGACUUCAAAAAAAAUAAAAUAGAAACAAACAAACUCUCUAAGCUUUACAUAUAGAUUUAUAUCCAUAAAUAUGCCAGGAAGUCCAGCAGACUCAUGAGCUCCAAUUAUCAUCUGAUCUGCAGACUAGUUUUCCACCCUGCAUAACACCUUCAACGAAUCUACAGUAGUCCCAGUAGCAAAAUAAUAAAAAAAUAAA